GAACAUUCAAACAUGUUUAUCAAUAUGGCGUACCGACAUUUGAAUUUAAUCGUUACGUGACGGUAUACUGGAAAAAUUUGUGAAAUAUAUGUGAAAUUUUAUUAUAUUUGAAUUAUAUUAGACAUUAGAAUUUAGAAAAAUAUACACAGAUUAGAAUUUUAAGCGUUCUUUCAAUAUGGAGAAUUUUGUGAAGAUUGAAAAAAUCGGCGAAGGUACUUAUGGAGUAGUGUAUAAGGGAAAGCAUAAGAAGACUGGAGAAAUUGUAGCCAUGAAAAAAAUUCGUUUGGAAAGUGAUGAUGAAGGAAUACCAUCAACAGCAAUUCGUGAAAUUUCUUUACUUAAAGAAUUGCCACAUCCCAAUAUUGUUAGACUAAUGGAUGUUUUAAUGGAAGAAACUAGAUUAUAUCUUAUUUUUGAAUAUCUUACUAUGGAUUUAAAAAAAUAUAUGGAUAAUUUAGGUACUGGAAAAUUAAUGGAGCCAAAAAUGGUUAAAUCUUAUUUAUAUCAGAUUACACGUGCUAUUUUAUUCUGUCAUAAACGUAGAAUAUUUCAUCGUGAUCUGAAACCACAAAAUUUAUUGAUUGACAAAUCAGGAUUGAUCAAGGUAGCAGAUUUUGGACUUGGAAGAGCAUUUGGAAUACCAGUUAGAGUAUAUACACAUGAAGUAGUCACUUUAUGGUAUAGAGCUCCAGAAAUUCUUCUUGGUGCCAAUAGAUAUUCAUGUGCCAUUGAUAUCUGGAGCAUAGGUUGUAUAUUUGCUGAAAUGGCAACCAAAAAACCAUUAUUCCAAGGAGAUAGUGAAAUUGAUCAAUUAUUUAGAAUAUUUCGGAUAUUAAGAACUCCUACAGAAGAAAUAUGGCCUGGUGUAACACAGUUAUCAGAUUAUAAGGCCACAUUUCCAAAUUGGAUAACUAAUAAUUUAGAAUCACAAGUUAAAACAUUAGAUAAUGAUGGGCUUGAUCUUUUGCAAAUGAUGCUUAUUUAUGAUCCUGUGCAUAGAAUAUCAGCACGAGCUGCUCUAAAACAUCCUUAUUUUAAUGACUUGGAUAUUUCUAAAUUGCCACCGGAAUAAUGCAGAAAAAUAAAACGAAUGGAUAAGUGUAUGGUACACAGAUAUUAUGACUACAUAAAUUAUGUCUCAGGGUAUAUUGAAAUAUUAAAUUAUUCAUACAUACAAAAGCAAACAUUUAAUGUUUUUUUUUCAAUGACUUUGUUCAUCAUGUGUAAUGAAAAUUAUAUUCAGAAGAAUAUUAUGUUUAAUCAGCAAAGAUAAUUUUUCUAUAAAAAUUUCGAAGAGGAAAAUAAUUUUUGUACUAUAUUUGUACAAAAGAUGUUUUGUAGCAAUUUGAUAUUUGAAUAAUUCAUCUAUUCGUUUAACUUCAGAUUUUUUUGCGCUUAUUACUUAUUCAUUUUAAAAAAAAUAUUGUGGUAUUAUAAAUAUUCUUAGAUAUCAUUCUAUCAUAUAUUGAAUUAGAAAAUGAUGUUUUUACUAUUUGAAAUAAAUAUUCUAAAUGUUUUAAUUUUAAGAUAGGUAGUACAUUUGGUAUUAUUAGGAAUUCAGCUGAAGAUAUAUGCUAUUAUUUUCUGUAAAUAUUACUGAAAAAUUCACAUGCUUAUUAAAAAUAUAUCUUUUGUAUUUUUAUAAUAAAAAUAAACGACGAUAGUUUAUUUAUAUGUUCUUCGAUACAGGAGAAAUCUCGGUAUCUUCAUCAUAAUUUAUCAUUUUUAUAUUUUUAAAGUUUCUGUAUUUAUAUUGAUAUUUUUUCAUAAUGUGACUUUUCUUUUAAUACAUAAUAUGUAAAUUAAAUUACAAAUUAAACUACAGAAAAGCAAAAGAAUGAAAUCGUAUAUAUUAUUCCUAGAAUGACUAACUUGAUUCGUCGGACGAAAAUGACUCAUCGUAAGCAAAUGUAAUAAAAUUACAUGGUAUUCGUAUCUUCAGCUUUUUUUUAUAAAUCGUUUUUUCUAAAAAAAUACAUGUAUAAUCUAGA